AUGACUUCACCAAAAAGAACCGUGCUUGCGUUUGAUCUUUACGGCACGUUACUAUCUACAGAGUCCAUUGCAGAGAAAUUGGCCGAGUACUUGGCGUUGAAAGAGGACAGAGCAUCGCGGGUCUCUGGCGGCGGACUGUAUAAAUCAUUCUCAGAAGUGACGAGGAACUCAUUGCAACAUGCGCUGGCUGAGCAUCAGGUAGAUCUGGACCAAGGCUCCACACAAAGGCUUAUGGAGGGCUACGAUUGCCUAUCUGCCUUUCCAGACAUCUCGUCUUGUCUUUUGAGGUUGGCACACAAUCCCAGCUUGAUGCCAGUAGUGUUUUCCAACGGAACAAUUUCCAUGAUCUCAAAUUCAGUCCUACGGUCUAGAGACUUAUCACCCUACGCCAGCAUAUUCCGCGAUAUUAUCUCCGUCGAUCCUGUCAAGAAAUUCAAACCGGCGCCAGAGACGUACUGGCAUCUAGCCGAUACAGCUGGCAAGGACAGGUCGCAAAUGGACGAAAUGUGGCUUAUUAGCAGCAACCCGUUUGACGUAAUGGGGGCGGUUAAUGUAGGAAUGAAGACGGCAUGGGUUGAUCGGACAGGGUUGGGAUGGAUUGAUUCGAUGAGCGGAGAAAUAAGGCCAUUGGUGGUAGCCAGAGAUCUCAAUGAAGCUGUGCGGGCAAUUGAGAGCCGCGAAUAUUAA